CCCACCUGCAGAAACAAUGCACAAAGUAGCAGUGGGAUGCCAUGGACUUGCGCUUGUUGGUUCAUGCAGUCGCCAACACACUGGAUUGACUUGAUUUCAUCCAUUGUAAACAAUCAAUGGUAACCUGUCUUAGGUGAUGUUUCUUUCAGUCAACGGAUGAGUGUAACGUUUGCCAUCUAAAGUGAUGACCCGUAGCCGUUCAAGCCAAACUUCCCAGUACCCCGGUACAUCCGAGCCUGACGGGAUUUGUGUGGGGUCGGUGUCAACCUUGAGAUUUGACGGCAAGGCGGCACCUGCUUGGGUUCGCUUCCAAGCGCGCCAAGCCUUAAAGAUGCGUGUGACUUCUCAUCCGCAGCAGAAUCGGGUGAUGUUGCAUGUACAGCGGGCACUCACAAAAAUAUUGCACGAAGAUCUUUUGCGGUUCUCGAAACGGAAAAGCACCACUGCCGCCACCAAUAUCUCUCUAGAACUCCAGUUCGGAUAUAAAGUUGGGGUGAUAUUUACUUCCGCAAAUUCAACUGCCAACUUUUCACCAAUUCACAAACCCGCAAAGUACUGGUAUUUGGUGUGUCUGGCUCGUUCCGUACGAUUCCUGAUACGGGUGGUUCGAUACAAGCAUCUGGGUAGUGACAAACAAUAACGAAGAUCGAUACUACCACAUGAAUCGGAAGAGGAGGGGAGCAAUCAUUCUAACCAAAAAUCUGGGAAAGCCUUGAGUCACCAAGAAAG